AUGGUGGGAAGUGGAGCUCCACAGAGAGGAAGUGCAGCUGCAGCUGCAAGCAUGCGUAGGAGGAAGCCUAGUGGAAGUGGUGGAGGAGCCUCUGGUGGUGGUGCAGCAGGAUCCAUGCUUCAGUUCUACACCGAUGACGCACCCGGUCUCAAGAUCUCCCCUAAUGUUGUCCUUGUUAUGAGCAUCGGUUUCAUUGCUUUUGUUGCUGUCCUUCAUGUCAUGGGGAAGCUCUACUUUGUCAAGUGA